CUUACGAACGCAUCAAAAUUUUACGGCCUUCCGCGUUUGUGCCAAUGUUCAUAUUGAGAAAAAAAAAUAAGUAGCUGUCAGAAGCCGCGUUAAUUGAUUUUUAAAAUGUAAAUCGAGUGUUUGCGCGCGAAAAGUAAACAUUCGAAAUUGCGUUACAGAUUAAAUAAAAAAUAUUACCAAGGAGGUUUAGUGGAUAAGGUUGUGUUAAAUUAAACAUGAAGAUUAUUAUUGGAUUACUUGUGAUUGUUAGCGGCAUAACGCUAGGCGAUGAGAUUCUACGCAAUGACUUCGACGGUCCAGCAGCUGAUGGUUCAUACAGAUGGGCUCUCCAAACUGAAGGCGGUAUCUACCACGAGCAGAGAGGGUCCCUCCAGCCCGGCGCGUCCGGGGCGCCGGCGCUGGUCGUCGAGGGGCAGUACCAGUAUACCGCGCCUGAUGGACAGAUCAUUCACGUCCUGUACCGAGCGGACGAGUAUGGUUUCCAUCCAAUAGGAAAACACAUUCCAUCGCUGGAUUCACAGCCACGAUAUUUUUAGUGCUGGCAAUUACUUAGAUAUACAAUUCAAACGUCAGAGUAGAUAAAUUAUUAUGAAUUAUUAUGAAAAUAAAGACUAGAAACAGAUCCAAAACUUGUUUAAUGCUUAGUAAUACAUAAUUUGUAUUAUAAAUGCGAAAGUAUGUUUGUUUGUUUUUCUUUCACGACGCAACGGUGCGAUUUUAUGGUAUGACUAGCGGUCCGCCCCGGCUUCGCCCGUGGUACAUAUUUCGCAAUAAAAGGUAGCCUUUCUUUACCAGGGUCUAAAGAUUGUCUGUGCCAAAUUUCAUCAAAAUCGGUCCAGUAGUUUAUGCGUGAAAACCAUACAACAUACAUACAAACCUUUCCUCUUUAUAAUAUUAGUAUAGAUAGAUAUUACAUGUAUGUCCGUAACGGACACGCAAUCCGCCCGGGGCUUCGACCGCGUAGUAAACCAAGACCCAUAUACCUAGUUCCCGAUCCCGUGGGACUUCCGAGAUAAGCCUAUCCCAGGUUCCCAGGUUAUUUCUGUACCAAAUUUUAUCCAAAACGGUUCAUAUUAUAUUCAUAAUCCAUUUUACCACCG